AUGUCAACAUCCACCAAGUCGCCAAACCAAACCAUCCUAUUAACCCCCUCUUCAGACUUGAUCGAAAAUGGCAAAAUCAUCAACCCCCACAAUCUACCCCACCCAAUGAUCUUCCUCUCCGGCACCACAAACUACAAUAAAGACGAGAGUCGCUGGCAAGAGAUUCUCACAGAUUGUCUCCUAGCCCGCGCUCGUUCCACAUCCACAGAUAAUGAAAAUGUUCCUGACAAAGCAAACAGCUUUGCACCAGUCACAAUAAUCGAUCCCUACAACCCCACCUGGGACUCGACUUGGCGCGAAGAUCCCUCGGAUGAAAGAUUCGUCACACAGGUGAAUUUCGAACUCGAGGGCUUGGAAUUAGCGGAUAUUGUUGUGGUGGGGUUCAUAGGAGCGGAUGUCCGCGCUGGGAAAAUAGGGGCGGGGGGAACGGCGUUGGUGGAAUUGGGGACGGCGUUGAAGAGGACAGGACAGAAGGUGGUUGUUUGUGUGGAAAAAGGGUUUUGGAAGGAGGGUUGGGGAGGGGGUGGAUUUCUGGGAGUCGAAGAUGAGUCGGAUGAAAGAGUUGGUGUGAUUGGAAUGGAGGGUGUCAUGGUUUGGGGGAGGUGGCAUGCUUCUUUUGGGAUAUGGAAGCUGGGAGGUAUGGCUGGAAGGAAUGGCGAUUUGCAUUCUCAGUUGAAUUAUUGCGGCAGACCUCAAGAUGUGGGCCAGAAGGAGUAG